UAUAUCAACCAUAGUAUUUAAGUAGUUUUAUUUAUAACUUGGAGAUUGUUAUCGAUUUCUCAAUUACUAUCUACUUGAUCCCAUUCCAUAUGCACAAUUUCCACAUCCAGAAUCUCCCCGAAGACUGGUCCAUCUGAUGCCUCUAGUAACAUUUUAUCUUCGUCUUUCGUCCUCCUCUUUCUUCUUCUCCACAUCCCUCUUUCUCUCUUCCUUAAUUAACUUCUUUCGAUCCAUCACACCGACCAGCUUGACACAUCAUCCCGGAAUCUUCUGGCCUCCCGGGGUCGACUGGCCCGCCCCGCCACUUGCCCGGCUGAUUUGGCUGCUGCGAUCCAAUCGUUCAUCUUUCUUUUCUCUUCCCUUCCACUUGGUACUUGGUGUGUGGAUAGUACUUUAGUGCUCCUAACCAAGUACUGCUGCUGCUGCUGCACUGCGGCGAAUACAAUGCCCCAUCUACGAUUAUUCCAUUGUCUGGAUGGUCUCUCUCUCCCCCAUUCCCCUUUCUUAAAUUCUCCGACCCUUGCGACAAAAGAAAAAGCAGUACUUGCCUUAUAUAUUGGGGAGCAGCCGUAAUAUUGAUUGAUUUCGUGAUAUUAAGCCCCCCCGGCCGACCAGUGAACUUGCUAGUCGUUUCCACUCUUCGUCCGUCUCUUUUCAGCUGCUCUGGCUUUUCCCCUCUUUUAUUUUUUUUUCCCCAUCUCAGCGUGGAUUCAAUCUGUCCACGUCUGUCCACACCAUCUUCCAAUCGACCUCUACUGUUUUCCCUGGAUUGAUUUCCUACUAUUCCGAUAGGAGGGAUUGGGGCUUGAUUCGGGGCCUUGGGAGCAAUUCUCGCCCCUCCCCUUGUUCAGAUCGAUUCCGGGGGAUGGUUUGCGUGACUGUCUAAGGUUUACUCUGACCUGCUUCACAUCAGCAGCCCAUCUCGAUGCGUCUUCCUCAUUGGUCUCCUGCCGCCUCUCGAUUCGAUCGGACGUGAAGCUGCCAGUUCCAGGUUUGUUUGUUGCGGGC